CUCUUCCCCCUUCUUUUGUUCCUUUUCAUUCCGUCGAUCUGUUGGCCAGAUGAAGAAAGGCCGAGUUCUGGUGGAGCCGGCGGCGGCAGUAGCGGAGACGCGGUUCCGCGACGUGCGGAAGCGGCCGUGGGGGCGGUUCGCGGCCGAGAUCAGGGACCCCUGGAAGAAGGUCAGGGUGUGGCUCGGAACCUUCGACUCGGCCGAGGCUGCCGCUCUGGCCUACGACUCCGCCGCUCGCGCGUUCCGUGGUUCCAAGGCCAAGACCAACUUUCCCCUAGCCGCCGCCGCCGCUGCGUCUCCCACCCCUACUCCUGCAUUCCGCUGCCCUCCCUCCGCUGACCCAACCCUAGGGUUUUGAUAAGAUACAAAUUGGAAUUAAGCCGACCCACCUCAUUCUACGCACUCAUCACCGAGAGGUCCGAGACCUUGCAACAGCGGCAUCGUCGUCUGCAAAUCUCGAAGCGAAGAUGAAAAUUGUGGCGGCUUAUCUCCUGGUCGUCCUCGGCGGCAACCCCAACCCCUCCGCCGAUGAUAUCAGAUCCAUCCUUGAAUCAGGUCGAACUCUCUUCCCUCUCAUAUUUAUCUUGGUUUCAUUUCGGUGAUCCUUGUUUCUUGCUUGU